AUGUUGUCUGCGUUCAGCAUUGCACCAUAUGCCUUUGUAGUCGGGCUGGUAGGCAUUUCCUAUCUCUUCAUCUGGCCAUUCGUUCAGUACCUCCGUGAUCCUAAGGGGUUGCGAAGAUAUCCCAAUCUGACCCCAAUCUCCGGAAUGCCAGCCAUUCCCUUCAUGUUGAUGGCUUCGCGUGGGUUUCGCUCUCGCGAGCUGAUGGAGCGGCAUCGAGAAAAGCCUAUCAUUCGCACAGGCCCUAAUAUGCUGUCAUACGGGGACGUGCGCGCCAUCAAGGACAUCUAUGGACACAAUACCAAAUGCAUCAAAGACCCGUCGUACGUGGUCACGGCAGGCACUCACUACCACCUGGCCGAUGUCGUGGACAAGCCAGAUCAUGCCCGCAAGCGCAAGCUUCUGUCUUCGGCAUAUGCCUUGAAGAACCUGGAGACGUGGGAGCACAAGGUCAGUGACAAAUGCGAUAAGGUGGUCGCACACUUCGACCGUGUGUGCACGGCAGCGCCGUCCGCAGCUGUGGCAGCGGGCAAGCAAGCGCCCGACCGAGCUGACUUGACCCUGGACUUCCGCGCGUGGACGGAAUUUUUCACCCUGGAUGCUAUUGCCGAUAUUGGUCUGUCAGAGAAGUUGGGUUUCUUGGACCAAGGACAUGACCUCUGCGUGGCGGAGCGCAAGGACGGUACCACGUACGAGGUGUCGCUACGCGAGGCGCUCUACCCCACAGCACGAAAACAACCACUUAUUCUAUGGAAUUAUGAUUGGUACCCGACUCUCAACCGGUUUUUGAACGUGAUUCCGUAUUUCAACCGCAUGCAACAAUCCUCUGACCACUGGGAGAACAUCAUCUGGCGUCGUGGGGCCGAGCGGCUGCGGCGGUACGAAGAAGGAGAGCGUCUGGAUGAUUUCUUCCAAGCGAUGAUGGGGGACAAGAACGAUCCGGCUAACCAGCUUGAAUGGGGCGAGGUACUCUCUGAGGUCAAUAUCAUGAGGAAUGCGGGCAGCGUGACCACCGCCAUCGCUAUCACUAACGUGAUGUACCAGCUGCUGAAGAACCCCGAAUGCCUGCAAAAGCUGCGGGGCCGAAGUGGAUGCCUGAAACACUUGCCUUAUUUGCGGGCAUGCCUAGACGAGUCGCUCCGCAUCUUCCCUCCCACCUCUCACGGUCUGCCGCGCGAGUCGCCACCGGAGGGGAUGGAGAUCCUCGGCCAGUGGGUCCCAGGCAAUACCUCCGUCAGCAUGUCGGCAUUUGUGGCUCACCGCGAUGAGCGGACGUUUCCCAAAGCCGACAAGUACAUCCCAGAGCGCUGGUGGGGCGAGGAAGGGAAAGCCCUGCAACCGUACUUCAUCGCAUUCUCGGCUGGCGCCCGUUCUUGCAUUGGACGCAACAUCUCGUACCUGGAGCAGACUAAGAUCCUGUCGACUCUGGUGCACCGGUAUGAGUUCGCUCUGCCAUCCCCCGAAUGGGAAUUGCAGCGAGAAGAGACGAUGAAUCUUAUCUUGGGCGAUAUGCCUGUGAAGGUCUGGCGCAGAGAAGUGCCGGUGGACGAAUCGUAA